CCUGAUUACCAUUGACAUUUGACCUCAUUUCUCAUAACUGACAUCGCAGAUCUCACUAUCAAAGACGCAUUUUUGCGAGGGUUGGUUGAUUCUUUCAUUUGUUGUUCUGUCUACAGCCUGCGACAGAUCUAUCUUUAGCCAUGUGCUUGCUAUUCCUCCGUUGCACCCUGCUUCCUGUAUUUUUCCUAACGCCAUUCAAUGAUUUCCCGAAAUGCCAAAAGCUUCAUUCGGCUCAGUCACGAUAACUGCUGAGCCAGUUUAUCUCCUUAAACGCCUCGCAUAAUGCCUCAAUCAUUAAGUCAUCAAAGAUAAGUGGUUGCCUGGGUGCAAGUGCACUCAUACGGUGGGCAGAGCCACUUUCUCGAGAGCAGCAGCAAGCUUCUCCUCUUGUUGCUUGCGCUCCAUCAUAGCAACGAACUCAGCGUAUCGAGACUUCUUGUUGUGGAUGCCACACUCGGUCUUGUCUUGGCCCUUCCAUCGUCCGGCUCGCUCGUCUUCACCCUCCUUGACGGGGGCAGUAGAGUGCCAGUCGCCGAUGGACUUGUAGCCUUGGUCGAGGAGAGCGUUGUAGGGAACAUUGUUCUCCCUGAUGUAGUUGUUGACUUGCUUGAAGGACCAUGUGGCCAGGGGGUUGAUCUUGACAACACCACGCUCAUCGUCAACUUCGAUGAUGGGGAUGGAACCACGGGCAGCACCCUGAGAUCUUCGACGACCGUUGAGUACGGCAGCAACCUUGAGCUCAUCAUAGGCUCGCUGGAGAGGCUCAACCUUGGCGAUCCAGUCAUACAUCUCACUGGCGGUGUUCCACAUCUCCUUUCCGUACAUGUCCUCGAACUCUUCGGUAGUGUUGACGCCAUCGGGCUUGAAGAUGUGGACAGGGACGUUGGGGUAUCGCUCCUUCACUCGGUCGACAAGGUCGUAUGUCUCCUUGAAGUGGUACAAGGUAUCCAGGAAGAUGAGGUCGACAGUGGGAGAGUUGGGGUGCUCCUUCUGGAUCUUAGAGAGCAUGUCCAUGGUUGCGAGACCGGUCAAGCCAAAAGCAGUCGAUUGGUACAGGUUAGGGAACAUGACCUUGCAGAAUCGGAGGAUGUCCAUGGGGUGCAUAUCCUCGAGCAUGUUGUUGAGGUGGUUGAUGUGGGCCUUGGUGAGAGAGACCUGGGGCAGAGUGGUUGAUGAUGAUGGUGAUGAGUAUUCUGAGUUUUGUCCAGAGACAUAGCCUGACUCGCACUCAAGCUUGAUGUCGGUGAGUGACACCUGCGAGGAUGUUUGGGAGAUGAAGGCAGGCAUGUUGAAGGACGUGGUGAUGGUGUUUCAAAGAUGAGCUGCUACUUGAGACUUGUUGAAAGCUGGGAUAGGUGAAGAUUGUAUCCCAGUUAUAUCUAAUAGGCAGCCAAAGAGCAGGAUUUCAAAGCACUGGAAAGACGAGAUGACGAACACGACAAUGAAUGAGGACAGUCAAAUUCUUAAGUUAAGUCGAGAGAGGGAGAGGGAGAGGGAGAGACGAGCUGAGUUGUAUGGGGUUUACAAGCUAUGUCCGGGCGACCGCCCGCUGUGCCCCCGACCAAGGGCGUCCUUAGUAAUGUGCAAGGACAUCGUCCGAACCCGAGAGUAUUCUGCCUGUGACGAGCCCAGGACGUGGAAAAAGAUGGGGAGCUGCAAUUGCGCAAUCGCCGCCAUGAGGAUUAACGACUAUGAGUUGCAACUGAGACUGAUCACGACAUCGACGCUAUACCUUUCGCGAUGGGGGCGCCACGGUCAGGACAAAGUCUGAUUGGCCUAGGGACCAAAGCCCUGAAAUGGCGCCCAGCAGAUGGGACUUGUUUUGCCUCACCUCAUCCCGGACAACGACAUAACCUCGAUACAGCCGCCGAGCCGGAGGUCCAUUGGGCCUCUUAUUCGGUGGGACUAUAGUCUAUAGGUAGCGGCAACCCCGGAGGUUGGAGGUUAGGUAUCAUCAUCAUCAUCAUCAUCAUGCGAGCAGAAGGUUCUGUAAGCAUCGCUUAGAAAUUAUAUGGUCUUGAACUGGCUCAUUUCACAAUCGAAGCCAAAUCUCAUGUUAUCUAGAUCUGGGCAUGGAUGUAUUAACUAACCAUCGGAUUGGCGAGAUCAGAUGGAGUCAGUGACUGGCUAGGGCCAUCCAUUGCACGGUUGUGAGCACGAGGGCAGGUUCCCCGCGAUCAUGUCAUUUUGGCUUGGGUUGCGAAAUUCAAAAUACAUACAUACAUACAUAGUAUCCCCGGAGGAAGCGAAUAUGCUUUCCGUUCACGAUGAUAGUGUGUUACUCGAUGUAUGUAUGUAUGUAUCUCUUUCGCAAGAAUGAGACAUUGUGUUGCCACAUGCUGAGAUCGAUGAUAUCCAAAUUCCAUUGUUGAUGACUUUUGAGUUAUGCUUCAUCCCUGCGGGCCGACAGCUCGAUGCCUGUAUCUCAGCCUGUAUAAGUAUAAACAUGGACACAACGAAGAACCUACCUACCUUAGUUAAUUCCAGUUAUAAAAUUGUGCUGGCGUCUUACAUGCUCCCAAAAAGACGUGCUUCGAAGGCGCAAUCUAUUACCGGGCAGCCGGUGCGGCAGUCGGCCUUUGUCAAUAUGAGGUUCGGAACAUCGGUACCGAGGAACCGUGCGACUGCCGUUGUGCCUGGCCCCAGUUUGCACAAUUUUCCCCUCCUCUUCGGGACUAUUCGCAUCGAGGAUCAAAGGUUAGGCCGUGUUCCGAUGGUUGGGUGCUCACUAAUACGGGUUUAACAAUGAAAUGCCAAAGUUGCUGACUUGUCAAGCUAACGUGGAGAUCUCUGACCCUAAUCUCAAGCUACGUCAUAAUCCCAGACCGUGGCUUGCGUCAUUGCUUUAUCAAUGUGACCCGCACUCUAUAAUUUUGUCGGUUUUCGCUCCUGGUUGAGCCAAGUCUUUAUCGUUCAAUGUUUUCUUUAUGAGGUGACACCGACAGUCUGCUAUCAACACCGGGCCGUAUGAAGCCAAUACAAUGAGCUAACUGGAUGACCAGAGUAAGGACUCCAACAAGACAAACUGUGGGCUGCAAUUUACAGCCACGGCCUCAGAGAUCUACUACAUAUGUACAGAUAUUUCAUCAGAGUUACACACAACUUAAAUUACACUCACGUGAUUUUCCAGGUUCAUUGAAGGUCUUCAUCAAAAUGACAAAACCGUGAGGCUGCGGGCUUAUUUGCACCAAUCAUACCCUAGACCAAGCCUGACAGGAGCCGCAGAUGCCGUAACUACAGUAAGGUCAAAGUCGCACGAGCCAUUGGCGGGGCUAAGACACGGAGAGAAGUGCCCUGGCGAAAGACAUUCUGCCUACUAACCUACCCACGCUCACUACCCUCUCAUAUUUGGAGUCUGAAUAUUGAUUCAACGCAAGCUUCUAGGGUCCGUUGCUCGCUGUACCAUAGGCGCUUGCGCGUUAUCACUUAUCCUAUCUACCUACGUUGAUUCAAACAUUUAUUAUUCUCCUUUCUGGGCUUUAAACCUCGUAUCUCAGCUCUUCCCUGACGGACGCUAUUGAUUACCGGGACCAGUCAGAGCCAGUCAGUCAGACGUUAGCAAAUCUCACCCCGCGCGCGCACGCACGUACGCAAUUACAUUACAGUACACACACAAACAGGCAAGGCAGUCAACACAAUGGCAGACCAGACAAGUCCCACCAAACAAAAUGUCACACGGCCGCAGCUGGGCUCCAUGAGGAGCAGCUCAUACCUUAGUGAUCACCAGGAGUACCGCCCUCCUCGACCCGACUCAGCUCGACAGGAUCAGCUGUUCCACGGCAUUGACACCGUUAUAGAGGACACCAGCAACUCACCCGUUCCCCAGACAAGGCCUAUCUUGCCCUUCAAUGGCAUCCCGUCCGAGGAGAACCCCCCGACUGUCGUCGACAGUGGACUGAGCCACUCGUACUCUCACCCCAAUUGCGCCCCCAGAGCUGGUGAGAAGUCGGAUCGUCUUAUCGCGACCCUUUUCUAUAAGCCAAGGGGCGAGGAUCAGGGCUCCAGAUCUCCCGUCAAAACCACCUUUGCAGACAGUAACGAGUCUCUGCCCGCCAACUUGGCCCCGACAACUGAUCCCAACGAGUAUCCUCUGGAGCCGCCAACUCAAGAGUCAGAGCAGCUCGACCACAUCUAUGGUUCCUACAUCUCACCUCUAUGCAUCACCUCAUUCCUUCACCUCAUGUCUUCAUUCCCUCUUCCUCAGGACGCCGAUGAGCCUCACUCCUCUCAUCGAUGUUUGGAUAACCAAGAGCAACCGCGCAUUGUUGAGCUCACCCUCUCUCCUACGCCAUCACCCGAGUAUCUGAGCCUGGACGACCUGAGAAAGCAUGAGAUGAUCUAUCGAUUUGAGCAGGAAUGGAACGUCGAUGUGGUCCUGCAGCGAGAUACAGUGUGGAGACGCCACCCUCGACUUGUGGUUUUUGACAUGGACAGCACACUCAUCACUCAAGAGGUGAUUGACCUUUUGGCUGAUCAUGUCAAGGAUCCCCCAGAUCUGGCUGCACGAGUCGCCGAGAUUACGCACCGUGCCAUGAUGGGCGAGCUGGAAUUUGAGGCUUCUUUCCGCGAGCGAGUUGCUCUUCUGAAGGGCCUUCCCGCCAACCUGUUUGAAGGCCUGCGGCCAGUAUUGGACGUCACCAAGGGCGUACCAGAGUUGAUCAUGGCCUUCAAGCGACUGGGUGUCAAGACAGCUGUUCUCUCAGGCGGUUUCCAGCCGUUGACAGGAUGGCUAGCUGGCCAACUGGGCAUUGAUUACGCCCACGCGAACCACGUCGUUAUUCAAGACGGCAAGUUCACAGGUGAGGUCGAGGGGGUCAUUGUGGGCAAGGAGAGGAAGAGGGAUCUUCUCGUUGACAUUGCUGCCAAGGAGGGCAUUGAUGAGUGUCAAGUCAUUGCUGUUGGUGAUGGCGCCAACGACUUGCUCAUGCUGGACAAGGCAGGUCUGGGAGUUGCAUGGAACGCAAAGCCCCGUGUUCAGAUGGAAGCUAACGCCCGCCUGAACGGAGAGAGCCUCUUGGAUCUCCUGUAUCUUCUUGGAUUCACUUCCGAAGAGAUUGAUGCGUUGGUUGUUUAGUUGUCGGCGUUGAGUUCAGACAAAGUUGUCACAAGACUGGUGAAGAUAGGAGUUUAGGAUAUUACGAGGAAUGACGGGCGUUGUAGUGGUGAGUGAUGAGAUACCAAGAAGUAACGAGAAACAAUGAGAAACAAGAGUUAUUCUGUGACGUAUGUGAAAUCAUGCCAUUUGGCCGGUGUGAUUGGGGGCCCAUGUGAACAUAUCCAGAGCAGCCUUUGGCCCGGUCAAUUCCCGUGAGCCGGAGAUCAGGCACAGACAUAUUGAGGCCGGAGAUAAGUCAAAUUAUAGUUGAAAGACACAGAGCUAAGAAAAUCGCGGCGCGUCGUAUGUGAACUAUGGAUGGUUGCUUAAAUCAAGCCCAUUUUGUCCUUCUUUCUACACAGGGCGUGAGAGACCUGACUGAUCCAACUCAUAAGCUCUCCCCUCAUUCCCUACAAUACAUGCCUGUUCAUGUAGCCAGCUUCAACAUCAUUCCAAAUUCGUGAUUUAAGGGUAUCCGUCCUUGCCCCACUUGUUGUACUUUUCGUGAAGCUCGGCGGGAAGGGUAACGUUGGGAACGACGACAACGUUGAGAGCGCUGGGAGCGUCCUUGGGAGCUGCGUUGGGGUCACCACCGGGGUGGUACUGGUACUUGCCAGAGCUACCGCUCUCCCAGGGAUGAGUAGCGAUGGUGACGGGAGACUCGGAGGUAGCGCCGGUGGGAGAUCGGCCUGAAGAUGGCGAUGUCAGCAAUUGCUUCAGUUUUGACAUAUCAACUAAUUUCCGUACCAAAGAAGUAGCCGGCACCGCCAAGGGCAGCAACCAUAACACCGCCGAGAAUCUACAAAUCAUCCAUCUACGUUAGCAACCAUGAUUCGUGGUCCAUUCCCAUCGCUCAAUGUUCUGGCCUGGCAUAGUUCCAAGGGUGGGCCGAGGCAUUAUGACGCACCAGAAUCUCAGGGUUGCGACGAGACUCCUUCUUGAGCUCGGCCUUCUGGUGCUCCUGGAAGCGGCGGGCGGUGGUGGAGAGGAAUCGGCGAGAGAUGCGAGAGGCCAUUUUGACGACGUGCUUUUGUUUGCUGUUGAAGAAUGGGUUUCUACGUCGGGGGCUUUCUUAGGUGGUUGAAGCUUUGAAGUUCUCGUAUGAUUUCGGAGACAGUCGCUACGAUGAAUGCGUGCACUAUCAUUGGCCAAUGCCGGGGGAGCUGAGAGGGUCACGUGCAGCAUCACGAUUUACAAGGAAUGACGUCUUGAGUUGAGUCCAGACGGGAGCUUCCAUUUUUAGCGAUGAUGCCUUGGUAACCAGGCCACAAGCUGGCUUUGUCUCCCUACUAUUCUUGUCCCUUGCUAAAGCAUGAAGAGUCGUUCAUUGUGAUGCUGCGACGAUCAUAUCAGCCUCUCAAAGUCAAGACUAGUAAAGUUAAGUUAUUAGCUGGCUUCAGUCGAGUUUUAAGUGAAUGCAACCAUCAUUAUUAAC